AUGACGAGCACUAUCGGUAUCCCAAUCAAGCUUCUCAAUGAGGCAGCGGGCCACAUUGUCACGCUCGAAAUCACAUCCGGCGAAGUCUACCGUGGCAAGCUGAUUGAAGCUGAGGACAACAUGAACGUGCAGCUAAAGGACAUUACUGUGACCGCCCGCGAUGGUCGUGUCUCACAUCUUGAGCAAGUCUACAUCCGGGGAAGCCAUGUACGAUACUUUAUUGUACCCGACAUGUUGAGGAACGCGCCCAUGUUCCGAUCGAGAGGUACGAGGGGUCGCGGUGUUGGUCUUGCACGUGGCAGGGCCACAGUGAACAGGGCAAGGGCUAGCACUCGAGGUGGUGGACGUUGA